GCAGUCUCGCGUCGCCAGUUGUCGCCAGUUGUCGCCAGCAGUAUGGUCGCUUGUGCAGGUCUUCGUCUGUAAGUGGCGAGUACCGCGGUUCUCGACUAAACGAAUACAUACGAAAUUAUGAUUAAUCGUAACUGAAGUGAACGAAAAUUGGUGUAAUGAUCAAAGAUAUGGCUGAUGAUGAGGCCAUACAGGCCACCAACGAUGACGCGAGUGAGUGUAAAAGAUACGCGGUACAACUUGGUUACUGGUCCGAUCCAUUUAUCAACUUUUUCGUGAAACAAACCGGACGAAAAGCGCCCGAAAUCAAUCGUGGUUAUUAUGCCAGAGUAAAGGGCAUCGAAGUGUUCGUUGACAAGUUUAUCAAGUUGUCUGGUGAGAAAGGGCAAAUUAUAAAUUUGGGUGCUGGAUUUGAUACCCUUUAUUGGAGGCUGAAAGAUGCAGGAAAGAGCCCGAUUAACUUUGUAGAACUUGAUUUUCCCAGUGUCACUGCUAGAAAAUGCUAUCACAUUAAAAAGCACAAACAAUUGAUAGAUAUGAUGAAUACAGAAGAUGGGGAAAUUAGAUUUUCGACGACAGAUCUACACGGUGCCAACUAUCACUUAGUAGGAAUAGAUCUGCGGCACAUAUCCGAACUUACUAAUAAAUUAUCGCAAGCAGAAGUUAAUUUUAAUCUGCCAACCAUGUUCCUUGCAGAAUGCGUCUUAGUGUAUGUAGACGCUAGCGCAGCUUCUGCAUUGUUGAAAUGGCUUGCCGCAAAAUUUCCAAAUAGUGUUUUUGUUAAUUACGAGCAAGUGAAUAUGAAAGAUAAAUUUGGACAAGUUAUGUUGUCUAAUUUACGUAGUCGUGGGUGUUUGUUGGCUGGAGUGGAAGACUGUGAAUCUUUGGAAACCCAACAAAGACGCUUUACAAUAAAUAAUUGGGAAGGCUCUAAUGCAUGGACAAUGGUAGAGGUCUAUGAUUCGCUACCUCAAACUGAUCGAAGUCGAAUCGAGCGUAUAGAAAUGUUGGACGAACGAGAGCUUUUGACACAGUUAUUGCAACAUUAUUGUAUCUCUGUUGCUUCGAAUGGACAAACAUUUAAGAAUCUGUCUAUAGCACAGGGUUAGCCUUCCUAACUCUUCUAAGUUACUCCAGGUAGUAAUAUUGUAUUGUUAAAAGGUAUAAACUUGUAAGUACACACGUGUGGUAACUAAAGAUGCAAAAUCAUUGUUCAUUAAUGGAAUUAAUAAGUGAAAAUCUCUAAUUCUGGUACGAAUUGAUAAAUCUGUUCGUUUUUAUACUUGGUAAUGUUAAUAUUUUCUUUCAUUAUAGCAACUUUGUAUGUAUUUUUCAUUAUGGGGUGAAUAAUAUAUACAGUGUAUAUCUACUCGAACAAGAUUUUUAAGGUGUUAGAAAGAAGCAAAUUGUAAGUAAACUUGUAUAAAACAGAUAAUUUGGUAUAAAAAUGUUCAAUUCUAUUAUAUUAAUUUUAAAACACCAUUCUAUAUUUCCAUUUUAACUAUAUUUGUAUGCUAUAAAUGUUAUAAUGUCUGUAAUGUAAAAAUAAUAUCGAAGAAAAAUAUAAAGUUCUUUCCU